AUGGGGGCCAUCACUCGAAUCCAAAGCUUCCUACGCUUCCUCUAUGCCACCGUCUACGGCCCAUUCGCCGUUUCUCAUUUCGCUCUCGACACCUUUCUCUACACAUUGCCAUGGGCCCGCCCCGUAAAGGGAUGGUCCUUUCACCAGGCCGUUCGCGUGCGCGUAGUCAAGUUGGCUCUGCUCAUCUGGUCCACGGCACGCUCCGUCAAGAAGUCAAGCCUCCGGCCAGGCGCCGAACGAAACCGCUUCGAGGUCCUCUCUCCGAUGCCCGUCGACCACUACAAGGGCCCUUCUUCUGAUACGCUCAUCGAACCAGCGCCUGUCGGGGUGACCUGGACUCCUGCUCGGCCGCCUCCGCGCUCGCUGGUUAGGUCAACGAUGACUGUGGUUCUGCACUUCCACGGGGGCGCAUACGUGAUUGGGAAUGGAAGAGAUGAGGACACUGGAUUUCUGGCGGGCACAUUCUUGCGACAUAUGGGCUGUACACACGUCUGUACACCGCAGUAUCGCCUCGCGAGUGGAGAGAAUGGUCGAUUCCCCGCGCCUUUGCAAGAUGCCCUGACUGUCUACCUUGCUCUUUUGCGGGAGAAGGGCAUCCCCGCCGAGCAGAUCAUCCUGUCUGGCGACUCGGCGGGUGCAAACCUCGCACUCGGUCUGCUGCGAUACAUUCACGAGCACGGCAAAGAGCAGGCGAUCCCCGCUCCUGGCGCAGUCGCACUAUGGUCACCCUGGGUCGACAUCGACGCGGCUCUUACCACGGACAUGCGGAAGUCGCCCAACUACAAGACAGAUUAUCUCAGUCGAGCCUUUGGUCGCUGGGGUGCUAUGGCGAUAUCCGGUUCGAAAGCAGUCGACCCUGCGGACCCUUAUCUGUCGCCACUCCAUCACCCUUUCAAGCUCGGCGAAGCAAUCCCCAUGUUCAUCCACGAGGGCGAGCGUGAGGUGCUCAGCGACGACAUCCGGCUCUUCUCCCAGCGGCAUCGAGACGCUGGCUGGGCGGUCCACCUGGUCACUUCCCCCAACGCCCCCCACGACAUCAUUCUGCUGGGGCCAAGGAUCGGGUUCGCCGCGGAGGCCGAGCAGGCUGCGAGGGAGGCCGGAAAGUUCUUCGCGGGGGUGGGUGGUAUGCAGCUCAGAAAUGCGGACUGA